AUUGUGUACACAUGGAUGCUCUGUUUGGGUUUAAAAGGCAACUUUUGAGGCAUCCCGGCUACACUGUGACCGGGGCCACCAUGGAGGGGACCCUGAUACGAGUCAGCAUCUUUGGGCUGCUUCUGGCUUUUGGUAGCACUCAAACCAACAAGGCCGACUGGGAAAUCUACAGCUUUCACAUCAACUCCACGGUGAGCGGCCGCUACGCCACCACCGUCAUCACCAGCCGCGUGGUCAACAGGAAAGACGAAUCCAAAGAGGUGGAGUUCCAUGUGCGAAUUCCCAAGAAUGCCUUCAUCAGCAAGUUCAGAAUGUUUAUGGACGACCAGGUGUACGAUGGCAUAGUGAAAGCUAAAGAAGCGGCUCAGCAGCAGUACAGUCAGGCCGUGUCUCGUGGCGAGAGUGCCGGCAUUGUCAGCUCAGUGGGGAGGACUCUGGAGGAGUUCAAGACCUCCGUGACGGUGGCCGCGCUAAAAAAGGUGACCUUUGAACUCACAUACGAGGAGCUGCUGAAACGCAGACUUGGCAAAUACGAGCUGCAGAUCCACGCUCGACCCAUGCAGCCCGUCAAAGACUUCAAGGUGGAUGUGUACAUUCAUGAGAAAGCCGGUAUCAACUUCCUGGAUGUUAGAGGAGGACUUAGCACCAAUGCUCUGGCUAACGCUAUCACCAAAAAACAACUGGACAAACAGGCUUGGGUCUACUUCUACCCGACGUUGGAGCAACAGAAAGUAUGUGAAAACUGUGGAGAAGACGGCAUGAAUGGAGAUCUGGUCAUUGUCUAUGACGUCAACAGACACAGGUCACUAGGGGACAUCAAGAGCUCUGAUGGAUAUUUUGUGCAUCACUUUGCUCCCUCGAGUCUUACCCGCAUCCCCAAGAAUGUUGUCUUCGUCAUCGAUCAGAGCGGAUCCAUGCACGGACGCAAAAUGGAACAGACCCGAAUCGCUUUGCUCCACAUCUUGAAUGACCUGGCAGAGGAGGACUACUUUGGUCUCAUCACUUUCGACAGCAGAAUUAUGUACUGGAAACGAGAACUUGUUCAGGCUACGCCAGACAACGUGGAGAGCGCCAAAACAUUUGCACGCAACAUUCAAGAUAGAGGAUCCACAAAUAUCAACACAGCCUUGCUGGAAGGAUCCCAGAUGCUGAAUCAGCAACCCAGGGAAGGCUCAGCCUCCAUCCUCAUACUCCUCACUGAUGGAGACCCAACCUCAGGUGUGACCAAUCUGGAGGAAAUCCAAUCCAACGUGAGGGCGGCCAUCCAAGACAAGUUCCCGCUCUACUGUCUUGGUUUUGGUUUUGAUGUCAACUUUGGCUUCCUGGAGAGGAUGUCCUUGCAGAACAACGGUGUUGCACGGCGUAUUUACGAGGACUCUGAUGCAGAUUUGCAACUGAAGGGAUUCUAUGACGAGGUGGCCAACCCCCUGCUGACCAACGUGACAAUGACGUACGAGGGCAGUGCCAAUCUGACCCAGACGACCUUCAGCCAGUACUACAACGGUUCUGAGAUCGUGGUGGCCGGUCAGAUAACCAACAACGACAUAGAAACCUUCAUUCCAAAAGUCGUGGCCAUCUCCAGGAACGCAAGCAUCAUCUUUACUGACACCAACGGAACCGCCAAGCCCGCCGAUGACAGCAACACUCAAAGGGUUUGGGCCUACCUGACCGUCAAACAACUCCUGGACAAAGAGCUGCAGCUGAGCGGAUCGGAGAAAGAGAAAGUGAAAUCGGAGGCUUUGAGGCUGUCUCUGAAGUACGGCUUCGUGACCCCGCUCACGUCCAUGGUGGUCACCAAGCCAACAGAGGAGACCGCAGAAGUGCUCGAUAAGCCCAGCGAGAGCGCCCCGCCGCCACCGCAGCCCGGAACGGGGUCCCGAUUAGGAAUGGCCUCACCUGGGUUGAGGGGAACGUCGGGAAGACGGAACAGUCACAGACGUAUUACAAGCUCCACAGUCAAGAAAUCAUCCCCAGAUAUACAGCAUGGUUACGCAGGGAUACCAGGGUACUCAGGGCAACCAGGUUUAGGAGGGUAUAUUCCAGUUCAAUAUUCCCCAGGACACCCUGGUUUGGGAGGAGGGUUUUUUCCACCUGCACAUUCCCCAGGCCGCAUGGGACCACAGGGACCCUUCAUUGCAAUGGAUUAUGAUUUUGCCUUACCUUCCAUGGCCCCGCCCACAAUAAGUGCGCUGCCUGCCAUCCGCUUUCUGCUCCAAGCUGAGAAUCAUUCUCUUCCGCUGUGUUUUGAUGUGACUGGACGAAGCAUCAUUCGACUACUUCACCUGCCCAGUGCAGGUGUGUCUGUGAAUGGUGAGGUGUACGACGACCACGGCUUCAGCAGGAUCGCUGUCCACUUCGACACAGAUGGCGUGACCGUCUUCAUUGACACGGGUGCCGUCACCAUUAAAGACGGACAGACAGUGACCCGGCACACUGGACAGGGGCACAUUACUGCUGGAAGCGCGGUGGUGAUCAAACGGGACAAGGAGGUUGACAUCACAGCUGGAGAAACACGCCUGCUCAUCUUGCUUCAUGGGAAGAAUGGACAGGAAUUCCUCUGGCCGACUUUGAGGCAGCACCCAUCUGGCAACGCUGAAGGAAUUUUAGCUGUGAAGCCCGUAGCUUAUGAAGAAGUGCACCAAGGUCCCAUCACCAAACUUAAGCUGAACGGGGAAGAAAUAGAUGUUUCCAGAUCCUCCGCUAUGGACUACUGCAUGUACUCACCAGUCAGAGCACCUUGCUGGCUCACGUCCGCUGACUCGGCACUACAAGCACCACUCAGCCGUUUCACUGUCAGCGACCUUUAAUGAAAAAUACAUCUGGAGAUGGUGUACAUCCAUAAUGAGGUCAACAAUAAAUGCUGACAAAGCAAGUAAACCAA